AAUCAAUUUAAUAAAAUCUGAAUUAGGGGUUUUGUUUUUUGAUUUCAUGAUAUAAACGACAAAAACCAAAAGUACAUAUAUAACCAGAACUCAAGAGUCUUUUAUAAUAAAGGCAAACCGAAAAAACAGAACCGGUUAUCAAGUCUCUCUCUUCCUUUUCUAUCCAAAUAACAUCCACUUGUAAUAAUCUUAUCGACAAACAAUCGACCUAUAACUACCCACGUGUCAUCACGAUACGAUUAUUAUCCUCUCUGAUCCAACGGACCCAAAACAUCUAUCUCUCUUUCUCGACCUUUUGUCUCCUCGAUCUAAAGAUGGCGGAUUCGGACAACGAUUCAGGAGGACACAAAGACGGUGGAAAUGCUUCGACACGUGAGCAAGAUAGGUUUCUACCGAUCGCUAACGUUAGCAGGAUCAUGAAGAAAGCACUUCCUGCGAACGCAAAAAUCUCUAAGGAUGCUAAAGAAACGGUUCAAGAGUGUGUAUCGGAAUUCAUAAGUUUCAUCACCGGUGAGGCUUCUGACAAGUGUCAGAGAGAGAAGAGGAAGACAAUCAACGGUGACGAUCUUCUUUGGGCGAUGACUACGCUAGGGUUUGAGGACUACGUGGAGCCUCUCAAGGUUUAUCUGCAAAAGUAUAGGGAGGUGGAAGGAGAGAAGACUACUACGGCAGGGAGACAAGGCGAUAAGGAAGGUGGAGGAGGAGGCGGUGGAGCUGGAAGUGGAAGUGGAGGAGCUCCGAUGUACGGUGGUGGCAUGGUGACUACGAUGGGACAUCAAUUUUCCCAUCAUUUUUCUUAAUUGUAAAAUGAUAAAAGCAAAUUUUCAUUUUUAUUAAUUAAUGAUAUAUAUAUAUAUAUGUUUAACUUUUAGUAUAAUGUUUACAGAAUUUUUUUUUUAAAACUAGGUUCAACCCACUAACGUAACAAAAUAAAUAUUAAAUUUAUGAUUCGUAAGGUUAGGGUGUUACUUUUUUC